AGCGCGAUUUUCUUUUGGUGCAUUUUCAAACAUAUUUGUGUGUGUACAGUUGGUUGCUAACUAACGUUAUGUCGACGAAGAAACUGGCCAAAGAACUGGGAUUACUGAGGCAGCGGAGUCAGUCCUCUGAUGGGUCCAAGAAACCAUUAUUAUCAAAUCAAAUAUUUUCAUACCUCAUUGUGAUUGAUUUUGAGUCAACUUGCUGGAGAGACAGAAACAACCACAGCCAGGAAAUAAUUGAGUUUCCUGCUGUUGUGAUGAACACAUCCACGGGGGACAUCGAGUCUGAGUUUCAUACGUACGUUCAACCCCAAGAGCACCCGGUUCUGUCCGAGUUCUGCACCGAGCUGACCGGGAUCACACAGAUUCAAGUUGAGGCGGGGAUCCCCCUUCAGAUUGGUCUUUCUCGGUUCGGCCGCUGGCUGCAAAACCUGCAGCUUGAGAUGGGGCUGGUCUUUCCCAGCAGGCCGCAGGGAUCUUCUGCACCUUCGCAAAAACAGUGUGCUUUCGUCACGUGGUCAGACUGGGACCUCGGCGUUUGUUUGCAGUACGAGUGUAAACGCAAGCAGCUCCAUAAACCUGAUGUGCUCAACAGCUGGAUCGACCUGAGGAGCACCUACCAGCUGUUUUACGACAGGAAACCCAAAGGCCUGAACGGGGCACUGCAAGAUCUGGGAAUCCAGUUUUCAGGGAGAGAACAUUCUGGUUUGGAUGACUCCCGGAAUACAGCUCAGUUGGCAGCGAGGAUGAUGAGGGAUGGGUGUGUGAUGAAGAUCACCCGCAGCCUGGAGAAGAUGCCAUUAAGGGUCAACCCCAUGCUCGGAAACGCAACUCUUGUCAAUAAAAAAUCCAACAAACACAAAGCGGAAAACACACCUGCGACGAACAAACCGUUACAGGUUCCCCCAGAAUCGUGUCGGAUAGAAUCGUGUCCGGAGAACAUUUCGAGGGAUCCAGACCCAAAGAGGAACUCUGGUCCCGUCCAACUCUACCAAAGCCUGAUCUCACCGGAGACGCUGCUGAACGGCACAACUACGUCACUCUGGGGAUGCGGCGGCGGCGGCGGGGGCUCGGUCAAAGCAGUGGCUGCCGCUUAUAUUUUCUCCUCCGUCAGCAACAACAACAACAACAACGGCAGCCUUGUUCUGUGUUCUACCACCUCGGGCCGCCUUUCAAAUCUGCCUCCGACGAACCAGCCGUCCAACGAUGGAGCGACGGCGGAGGAGGACGGUGCGGAGCUUUUCGUGGAAACCGAGGACGGGUGUGGUUCGUAUGAUGACGUGGUGUUGGAGGGUGGUGGUGAUGAUGAAGUUGGCGAAUCGGAGAGAGAAUUUGACGUCGAUCGCGUGGCCGAUUUCGACAGCGGGUGCCAGGAGUGGGGAAAGCGCGAUGAAGCGCAUUCGUCCCGCGAUCAGGUUACCUUACGGGGCGAAACGAGAGGCGCAGUGAACGAUGGAGACUUUAAAACUCAAAAGAUGAGCGGUCGCUCCGCAACGUCUCGUCACUUAGAUAUGAGCAGGCAGCAUUCAACGAUCCCAGAGCCCAAUGCCUAUUUUGCUGUGCCCAAAGCUGUUCCUAAGCCAGACGGGCCUCAUAACAUCCCGAAGGCAAACGCACCCUCUCUCCUCAGGCACAACCCCUUCAUCCCAGUAGAGACCUCCACCCCUCACACUUCAUUCGCCCGGCCCAAAGCAGUCGUCCCAAAGUCCUCCUUCGUCAUCUUCGCUGAUUCGGCGAAACCCUCCCGCCCCGCCCCGCGUGUCCCUCUUUGCGCCUCCAAGAAUGUCCUCUCCUCGCUGUCGACCAACGCGCUGGCCACUCGUUCCUCCGUGGGAGGCCAGAGGACCACGGCCCCACUGUGUGGCUGUGGGCGUCGUGCGAAGCGUCAGGCCGUGUCCAACGGGGGGCCGAACCAGGGCCGGGGGUUCUACUGCUGCCCGGUCCGGCGGUCGGGCGGCGGCAGCCGGUUCCAGAAGGGCUGCGAGUUCUUCAAGUGGGAGUCGGCUCUGAUGAGGAGCGGUUCAGGGGCCGUCCCUGCUGCCGGGUCGUCUGUCUCACUCUGUCAGAUCAACUCGACUCUGACUCGUCCCCCCCAGAGGGCGACACUGAGAAAGAGCUACUAACAUGGUGGAUGGGAGCUGAGAGUGUCUUCUAACUCAGUCACAUAGACUUUAUGAUACGAUAUUGUGACAUUGAACCAACAGCCACAAAGACGGUUCCUCAAAAUGUAUAUUUUGUAUAACUUGUUAAAACAUUAUAUAUAUAUGU